AUAGACAAAACGACGUCUUAUCAGAGAUUGGAAUUUCAGAUCGUCUCUCUCUCUCUGUCUCUGCUUCUUGUUUUCAAGCAUUUACUCCGUCUGAUGUAAUUCUGUGAGUGCACGAGGAAAUUUCUAGAGGGUACAACUAUUUAGUUACGAAGAUUUGGAUGAAAUAAUAAAAGAAAAAAUGGGAGAUACAAGUCCAAGAACAUCAGGCUCAACAGAUGGCGACAUGGAUCAAAACAUCAUAAUGUACGAUGGAGGAAAUAUGGGUGAUUCUAGCGACCGUUCAAAGGAAAAAAUGGAUCAAAAGACGGUUCGUAGGCUUGCUCAAAACCGUGAGGCUGCAAGAAAAAGCAGAUUGAGGAAGAAAGCAUAUGUUCAGCAGCUUGAGAACAGCCGAUUGAAGCUAACACAGCUUGAGCAGGAGCUGCAAAGAGCUAGGCAACAAGGUGUAUUUAUCUCAAGCUCUGGAGACCAAUCCCAUUCUACUGCUGGAAAUGGGGCAAUGGCAUUUGAUGCGGAAUACAGACGCUGGCAGGAAGACAAAAACAGAAAGAUGAAGGAGCUGAGUUCUGCUUUGGAUUCUCAUGCGAGUGAAGCUGAGCUUAGGAUCAUUGUAGACGCAGUAUUAGCUCAUUAUGAGGAGCUUUUCAGGAUAAAAAGCAACGCAGCUAAGAACGAUGUGUUCCAUUUACUAUCAGGGAUGUGGAAAACACCCGCUGAGAGAUGUUUCUUGUGGCUUGGCGGUUUUCGUUCAUCAGAUCUUCUCAAGCUUAUAGCGAGUCAGGUGGAGCCAUUGACAGAACAACAAUCACAAGACCUAAACAACUUGCAAGAGACCUCUCAACAAGCAGAAGAUGCUUUGUCUCAAGGUAUGGACAGCUUACAGCAAUCACUCUCUGAAACUUUAUCUAGCGGGACUCUUGGUUCAAGCUCAUCAGGGAAUGUAGCUAACUACAUGGGUCAGAUGGCCAUGGCGAUGGGGAAGUUAGGUACACUUGAAGGAUUCAUCCGACAGGCUGAUAACUUGAGGCUACAAACAUAUCAACAAAUGUUGAGAAAAUUAACAACCAGACAAUCAGCUAGGGCUCUACUUGCGAUACAUGAGUAUUCAUUGCGGUUACGUGCUCUUAGCUCUCUAUGGCUUGCCAGACCAAGAGAGUGA